CAAGCUGGCAUUGUCCCGUCCCCUGUCGACUUCCUCUCCAUUUCAUUUCCGUUCCAGGUCUCCUGUUUCCAUCCUCUUCCACGGUUCCACUUCCACCCCCAUCUCCUCGCCCUCGGCAAGCCCAGCAACCCCAAUCCCCAAUCCCGUCCGCUUCUUUCCCCGUCCCCGACCUUGCCGAGGAACCUCCCGCUCCCAAAUCCUAGCCUCUCCUCCCUCGCCGCUCCCCUCCCCAUGGAGGACGAGGACGCCGGCCUCGGCGACGGGGGCGAGGCCUCCCCUCCGCACCAUGCCGCGGCGUCGGGCGACCGGGCGCGGGACUUGGCGGCGUCCCCGACCAGCUCGCGCUCCGUGACGCAGACGGUGAACGGGUCCCACCGCUUCGUGAUCCAGGGCUACUCGCUCGCCAAGGGCAUGGGCGUGGGGAAGCACAUCGCCAGCGACACCUUCACCGUCGGCGGCUACCAGUGGGCGAUCUACUUUUACCCAGACGGGAAGAACCCCGAGGACAACUCCGGCUACGUCUCGGUCUUCAUCGCGCUCGCGUCCGACGGCACCGACGUGCGCGCGCUCUUCGAGCUCACGCUUCUAGACCAGAGUGGCAAGGGCAAGCACAAGGUGCACUCGCACUUUGACCGCUCCCUAGAGUCCGGACCGUACACUCUCAAGUACCGCGGAUCCAUGUGGGGCUAUAAAAGGUUCUUUCGGCGUAAUGCUCUUGAGCAAUCAGAUUUUCUUAAAGAUGAUUGCUUGAAGAUAAACUGUACUGUGGGUGUUGUAGUAUCAACUAUGGAUUAUUCCAGGCCACAUUCAAUAGAGGUUCCAGAGUCUGACAUAGGCUAUCAUUUUGGAACUCUUUUGGACACUCUGGAAGGUGUAGAUGUCAUUUUUAGUGUAGCAGGAGAGAAGUUUCAUGCCCAUAAGUUGGUAUUGGCUGCCCGAUCUUCCUUUUUUAGAUCUGAAUUUUUCGACCAUGAAUCUGAUGAAGAGAAGAACGAAACUGGUACAGGGGAUGAAAUCAAGGAGAUCGUUAUUGAUGAUAUGGAUCCUGUAGUGUUCAAGGCGGUGCUUCACUUUAUGUACAGGGACAAUCUUGUUAAUGAUGAUGAGUUGAUGGCAUCAAGCUCUGACUGCUCUAUAUUUGAUAGUUUAGCUGGGAAGUUAAUGGCUGCUGCAGACAAAUAUGAGUUGCCAAGGCUAAGAUUGUUGUGUGAAUCUUACUUGUGCAAGCAUGUUUCUGUAAACUCCGUGGCAACUACUCUAGCAUUGGCUGAUCGAUACCAUGCUAUCGAGCUUAAAUCUGUUUGCCUAAAAUUUGCUGCUGAAAACCUUUCGGCUGUGAUCCGGACCGAGGGGUUCGACUAUCUCAAAGACAACUGCCCAUCCCUGCAGUCAGAGAUACUGCGGACAGUUGCCGGAUGUGAGGAACAAUGUAGCAGCGGCGUGAAAAGCCAGAGCGUAUGGGCGCAGCUCUCUGACGGCGGCGACACCAGCGGUCGCAGGGUGAGGCCAAGGGUCUGAGACGCGAUCCUGCAAGCACUAACCUUUGUAAUCAAACUGUGGAUGUUUUUUCUUAACCAAGCAAAAACUACUAGUCGUUCACAACUUCUGAUCGUGUCGUCAUCAACGACCACGUGCAGGCGGACGCGAUGAACUCACAGAAGGGCGACCCGAGUUGACGGUGGUUUAAACAGACACAAUGAAGCUAAUCGUUCACAACUUCAGUACAAAACUACACAGGCAAGACACUGCCUGAUACAGUGCGAUAGCCGCUGCCAUCCUCUCUUCGCUUCGCGGGUGGCAACCCAAUGCCUUGAGGUUUUGCUCAACCAAAUGUCGCCACCAGGAACUCCUUGUAAACGCUCAUGAACUUGGCCACGAAAGCUGUAGAGUGGAAUGGGGGAAUAAGUUAAGUAUAUAUGGCUUCUGUAUUAAUAAUCAUUAUGCAAAUCUAAGACACGCAGAUACUAAAAGCAAAUAAGAACAAUCGUGGGCAUUCAUAUACA